GAAAUUAUCUCCGGGUUGCAAUCUGGCUGAGGAGAGAACGAUAGAUAGAGAAGCUGAAAUAUAAUAAGUUCUUAAAGUUUUUUGGGAAGGCAUUUUUUCAGAGGAAGUAUUUAAGGGCGAGAUUUGAGAGAGAAAGUGAAGAAGAAGAGGAAGUCGUAAACUAAACUACAAGAGGCGUCUGAGAAACAAGAGGAGUAAGAGAAAAGGCGGGGCUACAUUUCUUUACAUUUCACCGUCUAUAUUAAUAAUUCCGGCACCAUUCUCCUCACGGCCGUCCGCAGAAUGAAGCUCAUGACACACAACAUGCUCACCAGUAAGGGGAUGAAGAAUGUGAAGGAAGGAUUCCCUCUCAAGAUUCAGGCGGAGGAGAUGAGGAACGUGGAUAUUGACUACGACCGAGACUUCAUCACUAGAAUGAUCCCUAAGCUUGACUGGAAGGCCCUGGUGUUUGCCGCCCAGUGUGUGGGCCACAAAGAGGACUUGCCUGACACUUUACCGGAAGGGUACGAGAACGACAACGAACUACUGAAACGCCUCCACCACGUACUGCUUGAGGUGGAGGUGGUGAGCGGGUGCCUGGAGUGCCCCGAGACGCAGAGGAAGUUCCCAAUCAGUAACGGCAUUCCCAACAUGUUACUGAAUGAAGACGAGGUGUAACGAGCCCCCCCCCACUCUCUCCCUCAUUAACUGCUGCCUCUGGAACUGUACUCAUGUUGACGUACCUCUCUCCUUGACUCUCACUUCUCAAUCAUUCCUCUUUGAUAAGUUUCUGUAAUUUUUGUGGGAACCUGUUCUCUUUCUCUCUUUGCUCUGAAGUAUUUCUCAAUUAUUUCUUUGCUCUAUACCUUCUGUAUUCAGCUUUUGCCUAUCUCUACCAAUUAAAUCUAAUCUUGAAACUUUCCCUCUUGUCUUCAGAAUAUUUGACUUCUUCCUCCUCACUCAUGUCUAGAAUUACACUAGUGUUUCUCAUAGACUCACUUCUCAAGCAUUUCUUUCCUUUUUGCCUUCUCUGUUCAACUUUUAUCUGUCUCUACCAAUGAAUCUAAUCUUGAAACUUUACCUCUUAUCUUCAAAAUAUUUUACUUCUUCCUCUUCACUUAUGUCUCUAGAAUUCCACUAAGUAUUUCUCUUAAAGUUUCUUCUCAAUAAUUUCUUUCUUCAUCUUUUUUUGUUCAACUUUUGCCUGUUUCUAGCAGUUAAAUCAAAUCUUGAAACUUUUCCUCUUGUCUUCAAAAUAUUUUACUUUUCUUUCAUUCUCCUCCUCACUCAUGUCUCUAGAAUUCCACAAAGUAUCUCUCUUAAACUUUCUUCUCAAUAAUUUCUUUCCAGUUUGCCUUCUCUGUUCAACUUUUGUCUGUCUCUAUCAAUGAAUCUAAUCUUGAAACUUUACCUCUUGUCUUCCUACUCCUCCUCAUUCAUGUCUAGAAUUUCUCUUAGUAUUUAUCUUAGUCUCUUACCUACACUCAAUUAUGGUAAUUAUUUCUGUCACUGUUAUCUAUGGCUGUCUGUCUGUCUGUCUUUGUAUUUUGUGUUGUGGUUAGUGUGUUAGUUCAUGUACAAGUGUGGUGAUUACUUCCAUUACGUUUGUGUCAGUCUGUUUUUUAAGUUGAUUUUCUCAUAAAGAGUUAAAGAAAUUAA